AUGUCUGCUGAAGGCUACGAUCGAGCGUCAGAGCUGCCUACGCAUACCGACAUGUCUACCACCGACGAUUUUGCUCCUGCUCCUACCACCAAUGGCACUGGCGAGCCAACCCUGAAAGAUGCCUUUGUCAAUAACGCUGCCUCCGCGGUCAACACUGUGACAGAACAUCCCAUUACCCAGAACAUCGUCAAUGGUCCCGUGGCAACCUCUGUUAAGGACCAGGCCGCGUCCACCAAAUCUGAAUUCAGCGAUCUGGCCAGUUCUCGACAGCCUCCUUCGUACACCGCUGCCAAUGAUACAACUUUGACGCACUAUCAUUCCUUCUUCUACACCUUGUUGAGCUGGAAAAACAAGCGAGCUACCGGUAUUACCUUUGCCUGCGUCAUCGCCUUCAUCUUUGCUUGCCGGUACCUACCUAUCAUUCGAUAUGUGAUCAAGAUUACCUGGAUGACUCUUGGUGGCGUUGAUGGCUCCAGUGUGGCCAGCUCGCUCCGGCCCCAACGAUACUACAAGAUUCCCAAAGAGACUCUCGAGGCUUCUCUCGACGACCUGGAAAAUCUUAUUAACUUUUUCGUCAUCGAGAUCCAACGCCUUGUCUUCGCCGAAAAUGUCCCCGUGACUGCAGCUGCUUUCUUGACGGCGUUCUUGACCUACUAUCUCAUCAAAAUUGUCCCGUUCUGGGGCAUGGCUUUGAUUACCAGCUGUGUCGUCUUCCUCGGUCCCUUGACCUACAUCCAGAAUAAAGAAUUCAUCGACUCUCAACUUGAGCAUGCCGGAAAUAUUAUCGGCCAGCAGACGGCUCAGAUCCGCGACUUGACCGCUCAGCAUACUAGCAAGGGUCUCGACACGAUGAAGCAAUACACUGGGACGUACGCCACCAAGGCUCAAGAGAUGGUCGGAAGUGCUCGUCAGAGGAUCCCCUCACCCACCACCGGCAAGGCUCCAGUCAAGGAGGGUGAUUUUCCCUCGGCGCCCAAGACAGACCUCACAGAUACUUCCGGCGACACUCUAUACCGCCAGACCGAACCCAUCAGUUCUUGA